AGAGCAGAGAGACGCUGUCCACUGAUAUUCUGUGCUGUUGUUUAGAAUUUCACCCUAAUUUUAUAUUAUUUGCUGCUGAUAUAAAUGAGAUUAUAUUGAAUUAUCACUCGUUUCAUACUAGCUACAAACUUUCUUCUCUGUAAAGCUAAAAAUUAAAGGACUUGAAAAUGGCAUUAGCUCUUCAGAGGCGUGCUAAUGUCAGACUUCCUCCAGAAGUAAAUAGGAUCCUCUAUAUAAGAAACUUGCCAUACAAAAUAUCAGCUGAAGAAAUGUAUGAUAUAUUUGGAAAAUAUGGAGCAAUUAGGCAAAUAAGAGUUGGAAAUACACCAGAAACAAGAGGAACUGCAUUUGUUGUAUAUGAAGAUAUAUUCGAUGCUAAGAAUGCAUGUGAUCAUUUAUCAGGAUUUAAUGUAUGUAACAGGUAUUUAGUUGUCCUAUACUACAGAUCUAACAAAGCAUUCAAAGGAAUGGACAUUGAGAAGAAACAAGAAGAAAUUGAUACACUUAAAAAGAAAUAUGGAAUAUCAUCAGAGGACUUACGUAAAUAACAUAAUAUGAAAUAUGUAUUUUAAUAAACAAAUCUUACUUGUAAUGUAAUUUAAGUCAAAUAAAUGAGAAACUUAAA